AGUGAGUGAGAGAGAGAGAAAGGGAAUGGUGACAUUGUUACAUUGUUAAUCUUAAACUGAGAACUUUGACGCCUGGAAAAAAACAAGAAUACUUUUAUUUCUCAGAGGGGUGCUAAACACACAUGCACAGCACAGUGAAUGUGGCCAUAAAGACACGAUGAUGAAUCAUUAAUAGCGCUGGGACAGAUUCGCUGGCUCUCUUUCAGGCACUGUUGCUUUUGGAGCACUUAACAGUGCUUUGGAAAAUUUUGGUUCAACCACUUUUGACACGGUUGCGGUGACGCCAGGCCUGAAACAACGUGUUCAAAAAAGAAAUUAAAUGAUUGCCACCUUGCACUCUCUUCCAUUCAGCUUGGCUUGGUGCUUUUCCAGCACAUAUAAAAAGGCUGCCUUGUGACCCCGGGGCUUGGGAAAAGAACAACGGAGAACGCCCACUUUAGGGGAGUCGAGAACAUAUGUGAGUUUCUCAACCAAAUGGCUCCAAGCUCAAGAAGGAUUCUCUUAGUAACUGGGUGACAGUCCGACUAACAUGGGGGAGCAGGAUGUUUCUGGACGUGAUGGAGACAAGCUUGAGAGAGCCAGUUCAGCAGGGGAUAGGCCUAAAUGGGACAAUAAGGCUCAGUAUCUGCUGACCUGCAUCGGCUUUGCUGUGGGCGUAGGAAAUGUGUGGAGGUUCCCAUACCUUUGCCAGAUCUAUGGAGGAGGUGCGUUCCUCAUCCCCUACCUGAUAGCGCUGGUGUUUGAAGGUCUUCCUCUCCUCUACCUGGAGCUGGCUAUCGGCCAGCGUCUUCGACUGGGGAGCAUCGGAGUGUGGAACUCCAUAUCUCCUUACCUGGGAGGAGUGGGUGUGUCUUCCAUGAUGGUGUCCUUCUUGGUGUCUGUGUUUUAUAACACUCUUCUGGCCUGGGUCCUCUGGUACUUCUUCCACUCCUUUCAGGACCCCCUGCCCUGGAGUCAGUGUCCCGUCAAUGAAAACCUCACAGGCUAUGUAGAGGAGUGUGUGAAAAGCACCUCUGUAAACUACUUCUGGUACCGUGAGACCCUGAACAUCUCACCUAACAUUGAGACCAAUGGAUCGCUCCACUGGUGGAUCAUCGUGUGUCUUGGAACUGCGUGGCUCGUCGUCUACAUUUGUUUCAUCCGAGGAAUUGAGACCAUUGGAAAGGCAGUGUAUUUCACAGCCACAUUCCCCUACCUGGUGCUGACCAUCUUCCUGAUUCGAGCGCUAAGUCUCCCAGGAGCUACAGAUGGCCUCAUUUACCUGUUCACACCUAAGUGGGAACUGCUGAAAAAUCCUCAGAUGUGGCUUGAUGCCUCGACUCAAAUCUUCUUCUCUCUCUCUGUGGCCUUUGGAGGCCUCAUCGCCUUCUCCAGCUACAACCCUCUGGACAAUGACUGUGAGGUGGAUGCUGUUAUUGUGGGGUGCGUAAACAGCGCCACCUCAAUCUAUGCCUCCAUUCCAAUAUUCGCCAUCCUGGGCUUCAAGGCAACCUCAAACUACAACUCCUGUGUGGAGAGUAACAUCCUGGCCCUGACCAAUGCAUUUGAAAUUGGUGACAGCAACAUAACUCACACAAACUACGAUGACUGGUUUACCUAUUUAAACAGAACUGAUCCUGUAACAGUGUCACAGUUGGACUUGAAGGAGUGCGACCUCCAAACAUUUCUGGAUCAGAGUGCAUCAGGAACAGGUUUGGCCUUCAUAGUGUUCACUGAGGCUGUGAUCAAGAUGCCGGGCUCUCAGGUGUGGUCUGUGCUCUUCUUCGUCAUGCUCUUCAGCCUGGGGCUCUCGUCCAUGUUUGGCAACCUGGAAGGAGUCCUCACGCCUCUGCUCGACCUCAACAUGGUCCCCAAGUGGAUGCCCAGAGAGCUCUUCAGUGCGCUGAUAUGCCUGGUGUGUUUCCUCAUGGCUCUGAUCUUCACCAUGGGCUCGGGGAACUACUGGUUGGAGAUCUUUAACACCUACGUUGGAUCUGUGCCUUUCCUCGUCAUCGCCUUGUUUGAGCUCAUUGGCAUUGUGUUUUUCUAUGGAACUGAAAGGUUUUGUAAAGAGAUUGAGUUCAUGACUGGGCGGCGUCCUAACCUGUUCUGGAAGGUGUGCUGGAUGGGCAUCAGUCCUCUGCUGCUGCUGGUCGUCUUUCUGGCCUACAUUGUAGUUCAGGUCCAAACCACCCCCACAUACCCCGCCUGGAACCCAGACUAUGUGAACUUUCCUCGAACAGAGGUGCAGCCGUAUCCAGACUGGGUGUUUGCUAUCUGCGUUCUCCUAGCAACGGUGCCUGUCUUGCCCAUACCCAUUGUCGCCCUCUACAGGCUGACACAACCCAUCACAACAAGGCAACCUGCAAAUGACAAUACCACAGCCUUCAGUGAACGACAGAUACGUCCCUGAUAUAUACAUAUGGAUCCUCAAAGAAAACUAUUAUCUUUAUUUAUAUACUGCUGCUGCUGUAGUUUCCAGAUUUCUUUUUUCAUCAUAAAAAGGUUUCAGUUAGCGAAUAGUUGUAUCACUUAGAGGAACAAACUCGGAACUGACUAAAAUUAGGGAAAGAUUGUGUUCCUAUAUAGGUUAAUCUAAAUAGAUAUACAUUGUGCACCUUUAGGUAAUCUAUUUACAUAUAGAUUGUAUUCCUAUAUAGGUAAUCUAUAUAUAUAUAGAUUUUAGGAGCAGCACAGAUUUCACUUCUGUAAACUGCUCCAUGUUAAGGUUCAGUUUGAACUUUCUGUCCUAGGUAUUUCUAUUUACAAAAUGUAUAUAUUUAUUUAUUUAUACAUUUAUAAUAGCUGAAUACGUUAUAUAUUCUUUAGUAAAUGUGUUCCCAUCAUAGUACUGUAAGAGUGGAUGUUGCUUACAGGAAAUAAUUUGACAUUGUGUCCCAGCUGACUUGAACACCCUUUGUAAUUGUUGCUCAUGAGGCAGAAUUGGAAUGAACUGAAACAAAAUGAACCAAUUAAAAUGUGAUGGAAUGCA